AUGAGAAUCAUCAUUCGAUUUCUAAUUUUCUUCGCUCUCCUACGUUCAACAGUGGGUCAAGAUCGAGUUGUUUACAACUCAGCUUACAAUCCCAUGGAUAAUAUCACCUAUGGUCCUUUAGAAAGACCACGCUGUUACUUGGGCUACAUCUGUCCUCUGCUGUUCGCAUGUCGCGGAGGAUAUUGCCUUUACAGUCAUGAAGCAGCAGAAAGAAAAAGACAACGGGAUAAGAACAAGCCUGGAUUCUUCAAAAACUUAUUUAAUGCUUUCUGGCCAUUUUGA